AUGUGGCCGCGUAAAAGGGGAUCCGGGUCGUGCCCCAUACCGACGCCUUGGGCCGCACAGCUGUACGUGGCUGUGACGAAGCUUGCAUGUCAGGCUGCACAUUGCGCGAGCGGGGGAACCGCAGGAUGCCCGGUAUUCGCUCAUGUUUGCGGCGCUGGGAAGCAAAAGGUCCCUCCGUUCCCAAAUCGCGACGUGAAACUCGGGGAGCUGUCGUUGUCGGCACAUGGGGUUGCAUCAAGCUCGGAGGUUUUGAGAAUACCCACUCUCGGAGGUUUAGGGACGGGCAAAACACGCAAGGUAUGCGAUGGAACUCUCCCGGGUACCUGGGACUGCUCGCGUUCCCGCAUUUCGGGUUUCUCCUGUGUUGGGAAUGAGGAACCUGUCGACGAGGGUAUGUGA